CGCUCCAAGGCGUAAAUCCAUUCUCGGUCUGGACAUGGCAGUGAAGACGAAAACUGACUCACCAACGGAGGGUGCAGAACCUUCAAAAGAAUUGGUGGCUGUGUUUGAGCAGCUACGCGCACAGAAUGGAGCAUCACCCCAAGCCGUCAGUGCAAUCAAAACCCUGUCCGAUGCCUUCCGCGAGGCUGAACGAUUAAAACCAGGGUUUUCCGAGUCUGUGUAUAAACUGCUCUGUUCGAAAUCGAGCGGGGGUAAGAAGCAAUAAAACAGAAACACGCACAUG